AGAAUUGGAAAAAAUGGUGAUGUCUACAUUGUUGAAAUUUCUAUAUCCUCCACCACCAUCUUUGUUUAUUUCUACAAUGUCUAUUAUAAGUGUUGUUUCAAUAGCAAAUGCUGGAUUUUCAGAAAUUAAAGGAAAGCAUAUGCAAUAUUCCAAAUUCUUUGUAACAAUAAAAAAUGAAAAUGAUGAGAAGAAGAAGAAAAAAAGGGUAAAAAUUGAGAGUAAAUUAGGGAUGCUUUUAUUAUAUGGUCCUUCAUUUCUUGGUGGUAUUUCUUCAUUUGCAAUUUUUCCAGAUGGAGAUUUAAGGUUUGUUUUGGUGUGUUCUGCUUUAUCCAUACAUUUCUUCAAGAGGGUGUUAGAGGUCCUAUUUGUUCACAAAUACAGUGGUUCAAUGGAUGUUGAAGAUGCAAUUGUAAUAUCAUUAAGUUAUUUCCUCUCCACAAUUACCAUGAUUUAUUGUCAACACCUUUCUCAAGAUUUGCUAGAGCCAUCCAUUGAUCUCAAGUAUGGUGGAUACAUAAUAUUUUUGGUUGGUAUAAUUGGUAACUUUUAUCAUCAUAUUUUGCUCUCUAUGUUGAGAACAAAUGGUGAAAAAGAGUACAAAAUUCCUCAAGGUGGCCUAUUUAACUUUGUCAUAUGCCCACAUUACCUUUUUGAGAUUCUUAUAUUUGUAGGAGUUUCUUGCACUUCUCAAACAUUAUAUGCAAUUUCAUUCACUUUGGGAACUAUCUUUUACUUGAUGGGAAGGAGCAUUGCUACAAGAAGAUGGUACAAGUCAAAGUUUGAUGAUUUUCCAAAGGAUAUUAAGGCACUUAUUCCUUACAUAUUUUAG